AUGAGUAGUUCAAAAUGGGGAGCAUUAUUUGGUUUGUUGCUAUUGCAUAUAAUUGGGUACUUAAUCUUUCUUGUAGGUUUCUUUCCCUCGAAGGUGGUAGUACCAGGAUUUAAUGAGUUUCACUCUGGGCAAUCUCCUUUUAUGGAGCACAACGAAGUGAAAUUCGAUAAGUUGAUAUUAAUGGUCGUUGACGCUAUGAGGUCUGACUUCUUAUACUCGGACCAUUCGCACAUGAAAUUUGUACAUGAAUUAAUUAAUGAUAAUUGUGCCUUGCCAUUCACAAGUUAUUCCAAUCCACCCACGGUUACAUUGCCAAGAUUGAAGGGAAUUACUACUGGGGGUACUCCAAGCUUCUUGGAUGCGAUUUUAAACAUUGCAGAUGAUAAGGAUAAUUCGCAGAGCUUAUUAAACCAAGAUUCUUGGGUACACCAAUUUCAGAACAAUCUGAAGGUAAUUAAUUUCUUUGGUGACGACACAUGGUUGAAGUUGUUUCCUCCUGAGAAGUUUUUUAACCAAUACGAAGGUACUAACUCAUUCUUCGUCAAUGAUUUUACUGAUGUGGAUAAUAACGUUACGAGACAUUUGAAUGAUGACUUAUUCAAUUCUAAUUGGGAUGGAUUGAUUUUGCAUUACUUGGGACUUGAUCAUAUUGGACAUAAGGGGGGUCCCAAUUCUAAAUUUAUGAAGGGAAAGCAAGAAGAAAUGGAUGGUGUAAUAAAAAAGUUAUAUCAACAAACUAUCGACUCAAAUACGUUGUUGGUGGUAAUGGGCGAUCAUGGUAUGAAUGAAAUUGGUAAUCAUGGAGGAUCAUCAAUGGGGGAAACUAAUCCUGGUUUAUUGUUUGCUUCACCAAAAUUCAAAAUGCUUGAAAAAGAUUUACAAAGUCCUCUAGCUUAUAAUGGUGACUAUAAAUAUUAUAAGCACAUCAAUCAGAUAGAUUUAGUUCCUACAUUAGCAGCUUUAUUAAAUUUUCCAAUACCAAAAAAUAACCUUGGUAUAAUUAUUAAGGAUUUGCUUGGACUCUGGAAUCCAGAAGCGCAGAAAUCAGUUUUGAUAGAAAAUUGUGUACAAUUCAUGAACAUAUAUGAGGCCAAGUAUGCUAAUGACAGAGAUAUAAUUAACGAAUGGAAAAUAUUACAAGGCUCUGGGACAAUUGAUGCACAUUAUAACUUCCUUAACAAGAUUCAAGACCUAUUAACAUCUACUGCGACAGAAUAUAAAUACAUGGAUAUAUAUAUAGGGCUAUUCAUCUUAGUCAUAACUGCGAUUCUUGUGUUUGCUUUAUUUAAUUGGCAUUUUUUAGUUCAAGCAGCUAUAAACCCAAUGCUUAACUGGUACUUUAUUGGAAUAUCUAUACUUUAUUCUAUUCACUUUCAUGCAUCGUCCCUUAUUGAAGAAGAAUAUCAAAUUUGGUGGUUUUUUAUUAUAAUAUGUCUUUUCACAUUAUAUUUUAACAACCAGUUAAAAUCUUCAAAAUAUUUCUGGCUCAUUUUGGCCGGAUUAAGAAUUAUCAGAUCGUGGAGUAUCACGGGCCAAAAGUUUACCACGUCCUAUGCCUUCUCGGUGUACUUAUUGCAAAAUGUUGACCUAUUAUGGAUAUUAAAUAUAGUAACUUAUUUUUUGACAGCUGUACUUAUUUACUCUCAAGGAAGUCUAAUUCAUUGCGUCACAUUGAGGGAAUAUGAGACAUUCAGAGAGAAUGUACAAGACUUUGGAAGUUUAGCUACAUUUAUUAUUACUUUUGUUACUUGCACGAUUUCAUUUCUGUUCAAGCUAUGCCAAUAUUUUAACGAUGGCAAACCUGUUCCGAAUUGGUUACUUGUGUUCUUACAUUGGACAUGUGAAUCAUAUGGAAUCACUAUUAAUUCAAGCGAGAAAAACCAGUUACAUGAAUUGAAUAUUCAUCUCUCGAAGAUUUUGUUCUAUAGCAUAGGAGUUUUAGUUUUGGCUCGAAUUAUCUUAGGGAAAAUUAGAAAUAUCAAUUAUGGCCUAAUAACUGACUUAACGAACAUUUUCACCCUUUUUUUAAUGCAUCAAUCAAGGCCAGAAAUUGUUCCAAUAUUUCUUCUGUUUUAUUUAGUCAAAUUUCUGGCGGCAAAGUUAUUGGCUAAUAAUGAAGUUGUUUUACGGAAGAAUAUUGAUCAAUUAAUGAUAAUUGUUACGCUAUUCUCUCUUUGCUUGCAAAAUCUAUCUUUCUUUUCUAUGGGAAAUACUAACCUGUUGGCGACGGUAGAUUUAUCAAAUUCAUACAAUGGGUUUAAGUCAUACGAUGUUUUUUUAGUAGGGAUAUUGACUUAUUUUUCCAAUUUUGCAGGACCAAUAUUCUGGUCUUUGGCUUCUUUACAAUUGAUAUUCGAAAAUAACGUUCUUUGUUUUCAUACUAAAAACUCAUCAAGAGACCUUAUCAACUUCAAUUUCUUAAAAUACCAAAUACUAUACGUUAAAUCUUUGGCAAGUUUAUUUUUUUACUCCAUUGCCGGUUUAAAUUUAGUUGCUUCAUGUUUCAAUUUAAGAUUUCAUUUAUUUAUCUGGUCAGUGUUUUCACCUAAAUUAUUAUUUUUUGCCAGCUGGACUAUUUUAACUAAUAUAUUGAUUGACACAAUUUCAGCAUCAAUUGUUUUAGCUUUAUGUUAA